CAUCAUCCUUAUGAUUCUAGGAAAGGAUCAAGGAAACUUUGAUAAAAUGUAUUCCGUUUUUAAACACGAGUCUUGGUUUUCUUGGCAUAUGGCAGAUCUUAUAUUUCCCUUUUUUUUGUUUAUGGUGGGUUCUUCCAUCUAUUUUGCCUUUCGCAAGGUACCAAGAGAAGUUGAGAAUUCGGAGGAAAAAGACAAAGCACUGCGUAGUGUCACAAGUCGUACCAUCAAGCUGUUUCUAGUUGGUGUAUUAUUGAACGUUCCUUUAUCCGGUUUUCGAUGGGAAACAUUGCGUUGGAUGGGAAUAUUGCAGCGUAUUGCGAUAUGUUAUGGAUGUGUGGCGUUUUUGUUUCUAUUUGUCAACAGCAGAGUGAUACAAUAUGCGUUGGUUUCAGUGUUGUUUUUAUUACACACCAGUUUGUUGUAUGGUCUAAUAGUUCCCAAUUGUCUUAUUUCCGAAAGGUUAACGAGAGCUUGUAGUGCACAAUCUUAUCUAGAUACGAUGAUAUUGGGAGGCAAACAUCUUUAUUUUCAUUUAGAAUAUGAUCCUGAAGGAAUCCUAUCCACUUUGAUGGCCACCAUCAAUACAUUUGCUGGUUUGGAAGCGGCUAGACUAACCUCAUCUUUGAGAUAUGUUAAUCAACGUAUCUUGUGGUGUUUCUUAAUAGGAAGUUCAUUCGUUGGGAUAGAAAUACUUUUGGUUGACUGCUUUCCAGAUAGUGUUCCUAUUAGCAAACCGCUAUGGACUGCAAGUUUUCUAUUCUUAACUGUUGGUUGCUCAUUCUGGUGUCUUUCAUUCUGUGGCUUAUGGGCAAAAGUUACUCCAAGAUUAGUACAACCUUGUCUUUGGGUUGGAAGAAAUAGUUUUUUUCUCUUCGCAGCUUCGUUUUUACUGGAUUACGCAGCGUUAUUAAGUAUACAAGUUUCUCAUAUGCCUUUGAAGCAGUGGCUCUAUCGACACUCGGCAGUAACUUUGUUGGGUGAUACUGAGUUUGCGAGUCUUUCCUUUGCCAGUGUGUUCACGUUAUUCUGGGUAGUCAUAGCUUGGAUACUUUAUAGAAAAAAAUUAUUUAUAAAAAUAUAAAACUCAACUGAUAAAAACCCAAUUUAAAAGGAGAAAAGAGGUGCUCUGCUCCUAGUGCAGUGCAAGACUAGGGCAAAGCUUGGAUAGUGUUACUGCAAGCAGUAACUAACCUACCCCCUCUCGAAAAAUACUUGUAACAACGGGAGCCCAAGUGGACCCCAAUCAAGUUGUUACACUUGAUAGAACAGAUACUACACUUGAUCUGAGCCAAUAGACUCGAGAAGAUCAUUAAAGAAUCUGUUAUGGACAGGCCAGGAUAUAUAAAGCAGCAAUCCUAAUUUUUUUUGAUGUUGGGAUAAUGGGGAUUCGGUUUUUUUGAUGUUGGGAGAAGAGAUAUUGUUCAUGAGUGUAUGGACACUGAAAUGCUUUGUGCUCAUCGCUAAAGAAAGAUAGUGAUGGUUGCAACGAAACCAAAAUAAACAAAAACAAAUAGUGAAGAAAGAUAAUACAUUUCAU